AUGGUUCGGAUCACUCCAGAGCUUGUAGAGAACUCCCCGCAGUUUACCAAUGCCAUAAAGGACCGCGAAUUAGACCUAAGAGGGUACAAAUUCCCUGUUGUGGAGAAUUUGGGCAGCACUCUGGACCAGUUCGAUACUAUCGACCUUUCGGACAAUGAAAUCCGAAAGCUAGAUGGAUUUCCCUUGUUAAGGAGACUAAAGUCUCUUAUUCUCACAAACAAUAAGGGACGGAAGCUCGUUGUUGUCUUUUAUCUGGCCGUGUUUUUCUUGUGUUUCCGUCCACACAAACCUACAAAAUUAUCACUUUUUUGGACUGUCUCAACCGAGAUGGAACGGUUAUUCUCGAGUUUACUACCUGGUAGUGCGGACAAGGUUCCGUUACCGACAGGCGUCAUGUCACUCAAAGAAUGCAUGGGAACUCUAUGUUUGCCUGGUGGUAGUCCCGAAGAUCUGAACGUUGAAGAGGUGGACUCCUCGUGGCAACGUCCAGCUCGACAGCCCUGGCAUCACAACAACAACGCCAGCAAUUCCAACCAAUCCCAGCAUCCUCAGUCCAGUUAUUUUUCUUCCCACUCACGGCAGCGUUAUCCCAGUGGUCCACACACGGACAUCUCCCAAACCACUGCAAACAUCUCGCUCCGCGCUGCCCCACCUUCCGACAACCGACGGGGUGGUCAUGGCGAUUGGUCCCGUGGAUGUGCUGGCUGGCGGCAACGAUCCUACAGUGGUAGCGAACGUUCCGAACUGGUAUCGGGGACCAAUUUCCGUGGACGUGGCACUGGAGGUGGACACUUUGGUCUUGAUGGAGAUGAAACCACCACACGCAGUCGUGGUCGUGGUCGCGCCGGCGGUCGCUAUGCACUGCAGCACCGAGGUGGUCCAGGCUCUCGUGGCUAUCACCCUAGCCAUGGCGGACAUAGACCAAUCAGUUUCAUCGGACCUGUGAACUCUUGUGAUGCUACGGAAGAAUUUUGGCAGGAUGAAGAUUGGGACUCUGUUGGAUUGGAUGGCGCAAGCAAUUUCGACUUUCCCUCAAAACCGCGGGAGCGUUUGAACUCAAAGGCAUCGGUUGAGGGGCUUCCUGCUAACGUUGCAGCCAAUGAAUCAUCAUCAGUCGGAUCAGGGCCCAAUGCGGUUGUACCCACACACACAAGGUGUGAUGCUACGGAAGAAUUUUGGCAGGAUGAAGAUUGGGACUCUGUUGGAUUGGAUGGCGCAAGCAAUUUCGACUUUCCCUCAAAACCGCGGGAGCGUUUGAACUCAAAGGCAUCGGUUGAGGGGCUUCCUGCUAACGUUGCAGCCAAUGAAUCAUCAUCAGUCGGAUCAGGGCCCAAUGCGGUUGUACCCACACACACAAGGCACACUACGAAUAGAAACCCGCAUCCGUCCGAGACGCCAGUCAGCGUAUCCUCACAGUCAACAAUGGGCGACACCCAGGCACCCAAUCCUCCACUGCAUGAUGCCGCUUCUUCACGCUGGUACUACAUCGAUUCUGUGGGUCGAACACAAGGUCCUUUCAUCCGACAACAAAUGUCCGCGUGGCUCACUGGGGGCUAUCUUCCACUAACGAUCGAAGUCCGUCGGGACUGUGAUGAAUGUUUCCUUACCUUAGGCGAGCAUAUCAACCUCACUGGUCGUGUUCCGUUUUCGGAUGGCUAUCCGUUACCUCCGCUCAAACGUUCAAACCUGCCAGCGUUGGUUGCUGCUUCGAAAAAGCCGGCACCAAACCCUCGGUGGAUAAACACAGUAGCACCACCGAACCCUCAACCUGCUGAUUUUGUUGUCGGCCCACCUCCGUUUUCACCUUCAGUCAAUAAUGUAAUGGCUGCUGCGACUGCAGCUGCAGCGCCUGCUUUGGCACUGUUCUUUGCAACCGCUGCAAGCCUGACCACACCGGCCUCUCCACAACCUCUUCAGACGCAGCCGCAGUCUCAACAGCCUCAGUCUCCAUCCGUACAAUCAAAUAUAAAAUCUAUGCCGUCGGUGGUUGAUUCACCUAAACCCUCCCCACUACCUAGUUCUAAGGUCGAUAGUUAUCCAUCACCGGUAAUUGGAGGUAAUCCGGAAAUCCUACGUCUCUACACGGAAGCACAAGCAUUAGCUGUUCACGCGGCCAAAGUGGAAGCCGAGCGUCAAGAGCUGGCUGACAAACUAGCUGCUAUCAAUUCGACUGCAGCUAAAUUGUUAGCUGCUUCACCUGGUCUUUCAAUGGCGACCACGGAGAUGGUAGACUCAGAUCCCUGUAGUAAGACCACAUCUUCUGACUGCGCUAAAGCUACACACGAGGUUAGAGAGUACGGCUCCACAUCAGUUCACAUGGCUACAGCUCAGGAGCUAACCUCAUCAACCCCGCCUGUCGCUAGUACUGGGCUCGGAAUUGAGCAGGAACGCCAUUUAGCUCAGACUAGGACGGAGGAGCAACAUCCUCAGGAAGCCAUUGCAGACCGAAGGGAUGAAGAUGCCGCUAAGGUGGAAGAUAAUCUAACGGGGGUUGUUUCAGCAAAGCCCAACCAGCAACAGGCUACGUUCACUGAUCAAACUCCUGAGACUGGUGUGAGCAAACAACUGGCCAGUGAUGCUGACGUGACUGGAAAAAAGGCCAAAAAGAAAAAUAAGAAAUCGAAGAAAAAAAUUACUCCGGAACAAGAGCGACAAAUGGCCUGGGAUGCCGAAUUCGAGCGACGCAAAGCGGCUGCUCUUGAGCGCAAGCUUGCAGAAGAAGCCGAGCUACAGCGAAUCGCUAAUGAAGAAGCUGCAGCAGCCGCGGCCGAAGAACAAGCACAAAUGAAGGAACAACUUCGACUUGCAGCCGAGCAACGGAAACGCGAGGUGGCUCGUGCUAAGGCAUCGAGUCAACUGGGCCAGUUGCGCUUGCCGAAGACUUCUUGUUGGGGAGGUAGUGCAACGACAACGGCACCUGGUGAUCCCGGUGAUGCUCACGCCAGCAGCAGUCUGUUGGCGAUUCAGGCUGCCCAGGCAAUGGAGGAAGCGGAACGAAAGAGGCACGAUGCUCUUCUGGCCGAACAGGCUGCUCUGCUUGCUGAAGCUGAGGCAGCCCAUCAAAAAACUCAGCAAGCUUGGGCUUCCGUAGUGAAUACCACUGCGAAAGGUACAGCUAAGCAGGUUCCCAUGAUGAAGAGCCCUCUAUCGAAAUCAGAGUUUCCCGCAGUCAAAGGAGCUAGCCAGAAUGAGCGCACUAAAUCGUCACAAAAUGGCAAUACUUCUGUUGUUCCUGGACUCAACUCGAAAGCAUCAGCGGUUACAGCCUCGACGGGAACAACGAAAGCAGCCGUGUCUGGCACCUCGACAUCCAGUUCUGCUGUCGCUGGUCCCUCGAUCUGGGACUUGCCGGGUAACGGGAAAACAGAGUCCGCCACGUCAAGCGGGAAGAAUUCGAAAAAGCAUAAUAAGAAAAAGCACAGCCGUUUUGGAUAUAUGCCCGCAAUAUUUCUGACAUUGUGGUUGUUUACGUCGUCUGUAUUUCAAAAGAAUACCCGAGUGAAUCGUGAAGCUGCCUCGUACGCGGCGAAGGAGCAGCUGGCGCACUGGUGUGAGUCCCAACUGUCUUCAAUGCCACUGUCCGGCGUGGAUCUUCCCACUCUGGUGGAUCUUCUGUGUGAACUGGAAGCGGCCGAGCAGGUAACCAGUUGUGGGUCCAUUCCUGUCCCUGUUUCCACAGCGCUUGUACCAGUUGUCACUGAAGAUGUAUGCGCUCCCCGCUUAUUUUUUCUGGUGCACUUUCAAGCCUGUCAGGUCGUAUACGUUGCUAUCCAGACCCAAAAUAUCUGA